GUUGGUCUUUUUAUUCCGUGAGCUUAUGCUGUUCAGGAAACGUUCCAGUGGACAAAAUGCAGAAUGUGGAUACCAUGUGGCAGCAGAUGACAACCCAUUGAUCAAUUCGGCCAUUAAAGAUAAAAGAAACGUUGUGCCCUUCGUAGCACCUAAUGUUGCAGUUGUAAAGCUUGCAGAUAACUACUACUUUCCUCUUGUCCUCAUAUUGCAAAAGAGUUCUAUUUCCUUAUUCAUGACAUUUUCUUUUCCUGAGAUAAGGAUUCCCCAUUUCUUCUUAUGGUAGUUUAUGGGCAAAAGCAGUCGGCAAUUGGAAACCUUUGUCACUGGAACCCCAAAAACUAAUGACAUGCCAGACUGUACUUGCCAAACCUUCUUUUCCUGAGCCCAUCACCUCUUCUUAUUGGUUCGCAUAUGCACAUGUAAUUUAUGUCAGACGUGAUGUUAGAGAGCAAAACAACAGUUGUUGUAGGAUAUGUUUAAGUAUCUGUUCAAGUCGUUCGGAGUCUGGAACUACUGUUUCUUGAAAGAUGAAUGUGACGGGCCUCAUCCUAUUGACUCAGUCGUUGCUUAUAUAGCAGCGCCAAUUACUGAGCCAAACCAAACGUUAGUAACAUGAACCCAAAAAUGCCCAACAAAAGUCUUCACUGUCUUUCCUUUCUACUCCUCCUUACUGUAGCUUAUGCUCACCUUCAUGUCGACCAUUACCGACACUCAUGCCCGAAUGUUGAAGCAAUCGUCCGCUCUGCAGUUAAACAGAAAUUCCAGGAGACAUUUGUGACAGCUCCUGCCACUCUUCGGCUCUUCUUUCACGACUGUUUUGUCCGGGGUUGUGAUGCUUCGGUGAUUUUGGCUACAAGAAAUCACACAUCAGAGAAGGAUAAUGCAGAUGAUCUUUCACUAGCUGGGGAUGGGUUUGACACAGUGAUUAAAGCCAAAGCUGCAGUUGAUAGUGUUCCCCAGUGUAGGAAUAAGGUUUCAUGUGCUGAUAUAUUGGCCAUGGCCACUAGGGAUGUUGUUGCUCUGACAGGGGGACCAACUUAUGAUGUAGAAUUGGGAAGACUUGAUGGCAGGAUAUCUACCAGAGCUAGUGUCCGGCACCACCUCCCUCAUCCUGACUUUAAAUUGAACCAACUCCAUUCUUUGUUUACCUCACAUGGUCUCUCCAAAACAGAUCUAAUCGCACUAUCAGGAGCACAUACUAUCGGGUUCGCACACUGCAAACUGUUCUUUGAUCGGAUCCACAACUUCAAAAGCAGCAACAGAAUUGAUCCAACACUUGAUCCGGCAUAUGGAAAGUAUCUACGGGAAGUUUGCCCCAAAAAUAUAGACCCCAGACUUGUCAUUGACAUGGACCCAAACACACCUCGAAAAUUUGAUAACAUGUACUACAAGAACCUUCAGCAAGGGAUGGGCUUAUUCACCUCCGAUCAAUCUUUGUUUACUGACAAGAGAUCGAGAAAAAUUGUGAACCUAUUUGCUUCCAAUAACACAGCUUUUGAACAAGCUUUUGUUGCUGCCAUUACUAAGCUUGGGCGGGUGGGGGUCCGGACUGGAAACCAAGGUGAGAUUAGGCACAACUGUGCUAUGGUGAACUAGAUGAUAUCUUUUCUGUGUAAGAUUUGUAAGUCAGAAAACAUUUUACUCCUCAUUUGUAGAUUUUAUCUGAUCAUUUUGUAAUAAUAUUAAUAUUGAAAGCAUCAAUGGGGGUGUCAGCGACUCAGCCAUGUGUUCAUUAAAA